CUUUCUUCCGUUAUAAAGUCCAUCACAUAUCCCCUCCUUCGCUCAUAAGUAAUCAAACCUGAAAAAAAAAAUUUCAUAUCUCUCUAUUUCUUUCUCUAAGAAAACUCUGAACAUAUAAUGGCUCAAAACGAACCAAUAAGCAAGAAGCUAUGGAACAUCGUACGUUUCCUCUUGUACAUGAUCCGCAAAGGCGUCUCAAAACACAAACUUAUUGCCGACUUCAACGCCACUCUCAAACGCGGCAAGAAUCUCAUGUUCCAUCACCGUCGCCGCGUGCCCGCCGCGUCCACCGCCUCAGACGCUUCUUCAUCUGCCGCCGCAGCUGCACCACCACGACAAGAAUACGAGUUUAGCUGUAGCAACACUCCAAACUACACUUUCCCUUUUACCAAUAUUGCUUUCAUGAAGAAAAAGAGUCACAAUAGUCUCUUUGCGUGUGGUCAAACGCCUCAGACGCUAGAUGAUGACGCGGCUGCUGCUAGAGCAGUUCUUGAGCUUCUUCACGGUGACAAGGGAAACGUUACGCCGGCCUAUUUGACGGCGGCUUUGUCUCCUUACUUUCCAGGGCUUGGUCGGACUCCUUUGGUUAGGCCAUUAAGAGUAGCGGACUCACCGUUUCCGUUAACACCGGCAAAUGGUGACAUGGAUAAAGCACACGUGGACCAAGCGGCUGAUGAUUUCAUAAAGAAGUUUUAUAAGAACUUGAAUCAGCAGAAAAAGAUGAUUGAGUUCAGCUAAAAAUCAAUCUGAUUAGUGUGUUCCUUCAUAUUUUCUCUUCUUGUUUAAAUAUUUCUGUUACUCUUUUCUCCUUUUUGCUGAUCAAAUUCCAAAGAUGUAAUGAUAUGUUUGGGGGAUUUUUAUUUAGUAUCUUGAAAUGAUUGGAUAUUAUGAAUAAAAAACAAAAUUUGGGUUUU